AUGGCGGACGAUGACCCUCUGGGAGGAGCUGGGUCCUACUCGCAGCUACUGUUCGGAGACGACGAUGUUGUCAGUCUCGGAACAGACUCCGAUGGGUGCCUGAAUUUCAGUUCGUCGUCGUUUAUGUCCUCCGGCGCCGGCAACUCCCCCCAAAUGCUGUGUUUUGGUACCAAAGAAUGCCGUGAUUUGCGUUCCGGAAAGGUGACAUGCAGCGAAGGAGAUUCUUCGUCGGCAUCCUCAGUAACCACCACUAGAAACCACAAGUCCAACGUUAAUAGAAAGCGAAAUAAUGGGGCGGCGGAUAAUAAGGAUUCAGAUCAAGAAAGGGGAAAACCCGCAAAUCAGGGAAACGGAAAGAAGAACAAGCCAGAAAAUCCGAAAGGGACAACCCAUGCAAAGGUCAGAGGUUCUCUAUCUGCAUGCUUAUUUACAUAUAAUUAG